UCGUAUAUGGAGAAGGUUAUCAUUUAUCAACGCUUUCGUAUCCUGCAGUCAGUUCCAAGGUUACUCAUCUGUAUAUUCAGUUGCAAUUGCAUGCAGCAUGUAAUAGCACUUCCAAUAUUCUUGUCGCUAUAGACACGAAUUUAUAUCAAAUGUAUAAAAAUUCGCGUUUCACAUAAAUCUUAUGACGUGCAAAAACAUUGUGUAAUAACUGUCACUUAUAAGAAAAGACUGGUCGGUAAUGCUUGCCGCUAAAUUACGACAAAAUUCUUCGAAUAUAAAAAUCUUGAGUCCAUGCUCAGAAUAAAAAUAAAACUUUAAAACUCUCGGUAAAUCGGUAUAAAAACAUAUGUAGAUAUAUAUAACCUGAAUUGCUAUUAUAAAUACGAAUAAAUAUACAGAAGCGUAUCAAUGAUGACUGGCGUUUGGUGUGCCAUGGCAAGCCGUUUCUACAUUACGCUUAUUGAACUUAUGGGAAACACGACGACAAAGGGAGUCGUAACUGGAGAUUGAUCGAACGCGCUAUACGGCACGUGGUCACUCGUAGCGUGGCAAAGUUCACCGGUGUGAAUGGUGCGAUGCGGGAAAUUUGAGAAUUGGACACGGGGCGGCAGUGAUCGUGUGGAACCAACGUAUAAUACAUGGACAACCCGCGUUUUCAACGACGAUCAUGAGUUACAACGUGACGCCGCUGAAGAAGCACGCGGAAAUCACUUACCGCGUGAAAUGCGUCGCGGUAGAGAACGAACGGGUGUUCGGCGAUGUCUACGUUACCCAGCAGACGCAGAAUCUCGUUAACAGACCGGAGGGCUAUCCUUUUCCGCCAGAAUGCAGGAGGCAAAAGCGCAACUUGAUACAGCAGACUCUGAACGGACCAGAUUUUAUGGAGCUGAACAAACGAUUGACUGGAAGUGCCGGUGUCGCGAGCUCGCGCUGGCAAAAACGUUCCAAGUCGAUGGGAGAUGAGCCGAACGUAAUCGCGUUUAAUUAUAAGAAUGCCGGGAACCAUAAUGCGGCCAUCAAGAAACCUAAGAUAUAUCCGCCACCCCUGCGCUAUUUUCCGCUGCAGAAAGAAAUUGUGAUUACCUCGUUGGUGGAUCAACUGUUGCUAGAUAUUUACGGUAUACCGAUGGGUGACAGGAGACGCUCGGAAAGCGAUUCUACGGCAUCGUCCUUGAAAACGUGGCCGCAACAUCAAUAUCUGCAGAAAACUCGUUUGCUUUUGAAAAGAAAGGAUGAACUGCAGAUCCUACUUAUGACUCUACACGACCACAUCAUUCACACAGGGGGACUGCUUAUCCGCCAGCUGCGUCGAAAGGAUUACCUCACUGCCAAAUGUGAUAAACAGUGCGAUAUUAUCACGGCCUAUCUACAAGCACACAGCGCGAAGAGAAUCGAAGAUACAAAAAUGAGGUUCAGUUUGACUCCGCAACCGGGGGAAAGUGGUUUCAUACAAUGGUUAGACGCGAUGAAAAUGGUUGCCAAAUUACAAGGAGGUAUACCACCGGAAUUUCGAAAAAGAUUGUGGCUAACGUUGGCGGAACGUCAUCUGGAACAACGCGGCGUAGACUGGAAGCAGGCUGAGAAGAUCUGUUUCAACGAGUGGAGUAAUCCUGACGACGAAGAACUCGGCAUACAAAUCGUGAAAGACCUGCACAGAACAGGCUGCAGCCUGUUUUGCGGUGCUGCUGGCCGGGACAAUCAAGCGGUGCUUCGUCGAGUAUUACUCGGUUUCGCCCGUUGGAACAAGUCCGUGGGCUACUGUCAGGGCCUGAAUGUUCUGGCCGCUCUCGUCCUGCAAGUAAUGGACCGCGCGGAAUCUUCGGCUGUGAAAGUGAUGAUAUAUUUGAUAGAGGGUGUUUUACCGGAGGGCUAUUUUGCCGAUAAUCUGCGGGGUCUCUCUGUGGACAUGGCGGUGUUUCGAGAUCUUUUGCGCUCGAGGUUGCCGAAAUUGUCCAAACACCUCGAGGCGCUCCAGACCGAUGCGAAGGAUAAAGCGACAGGAAGUAGCUACGAACCACCGCUCACGAAUGUGUUCACCAUGCAAUGGUUCCUUACACUUUUCUGCCACUGUUUACCGCAGGAAGCAGUGCUACGUGUCUGGGAUCUAAUAUUUCUCGAAGGUGAUGAAGUACUCCUGAGAACGGCACUCGCUAUUUGGGAAGGCCUCUCAGAUCGCAUAAUGACCGUAACAUCGGCGGACGAGUUCUACAGCAUAAUGGGAGUUCUCACGAGAGAAAUGCUAGAAUUCACCGAUACAAACAAUCUCAUAAAGAACAUUGUUAGCAUGGGACCCUUGCAUGGUGUAACAAGUUUGAGAGAAAAGCAUCGAUAUAACAUCACCCCAUGGGCGCGUAAGCUAAGUGAUGACGAUGAUAGCGAGACAGAAGAGGAUGAAAGAUUGGCUGUAGCGGCUGCUAUGUUCAGCAUGGCUCAACGUAUAAAGAAAGAUCGUAUACCUUCGACAAUAGGAGCAUUACAAGCGAUGGCACCUAGUAGUGAUCGAGAACGCCUCGCUUUAGAUAUUAGUACGCUGAAGCAACAAUAUGCAAAACUACGAGAACGGCAGCGGCAAGCGCACAUAAUACUUUCUGCCGCGUGCGCGCGACAGACGAUGGUACCUGCACCCUCCACAGCCAUGAAUCAUCUGUUAGUGGGUAAAAAUGCCCUCGUAAGUGGAAAGAAUCGACCAUUAAGUUUGCCGUCUGCCACUGCCACAUCGAAAUUACGGCCGGCAGCCCUUCACAGCCCAAAAAAUCGCAGAGACAGACAAGGUGUCACGCUUCACUGGAAAGACGCGAAAAGGCCGAAGCAAAGAGCAGGCGACGCUGGUGAUGCCGACGCCAUUGGCACAGCAUUUGUACAGUCGCCUCCAGAAACGUCUUCUGUAAUGUCACCCAGCCGAAGCACCGCUGACAGUGACAGUGAUAGCACGUCGACGGAGCUGUGCGACGAGCCGGAUCGCCUGAGUGACGUCGAUAGCGAGGAACUUACGUCAGCGUCCGACUCUUACGUCAUGGCGACAGACGAUGAAAAGCACGCUUACGAGGGUUCGUCAACCUCGGCGAGUACACCUGCGCGCUCGUAUAUUAAAAGCGAAUCGAUGGUCGAAGGACCGCAGACGGAUACAAUUUUCAGAAUCGAACGUGACGACAAAUCUCCGUCCUUGUCUGAAAUCUCGAUCGCCAAGAUCACCGAUCAAAUACGGAGACUCUCGGCAGAAGAUGACAAUAAUACAACAGUCCCUCAAGUACCGAGCGCGCACGACAACGACGAGCUGCCGAUGGAUGAUUGUCCAGUCGAGAGAUCGCAGACGAAGGAAACGGAAUCGAAGUUGCAGGAUUAUACGUCGAGUGAAGACGCGCCAAGAUCGUCGAAGCCUGGGAACAGCUACGAUUAUUUAAGCCUUAAAUCUAAUCUCGAGACAACGGAUGAUAUCCUGACGCAUAGAACGGAUCGACUGAAAGACACAGAAGAGAAAAAAGAAAUCGUUCGGGCUAGCGAUAAAAAUAGUACAGGCCUUAAGACGGAUAUAAUGGAAACCACUACGAAUAUACUACGGGAUAGUUCCAGAGAACAAACCAGUAUCUCUUUAGAUAAGAAUUACGAUAAAUUUAUCACGCUUUUAGACACGAAUGACAAGCCCUUUGAAUCCUCCUUAAGAUUUUCCAGCAAGGUUUAUUUGAAUUCAAAAGGCGAUAAUGAUUCGAAUGACACGGAUUUUGUGAAUAACAGAGCUUUGAAUGUCGCGACAGAAUCAGAGCCUUUUUAUUCCAAGAGAUACGUUGUAGGCCAUCUUCCAAUUUCCCCGGUAACAAUGGAUGACAAAUUGACGAAAUUGUCGCACGAAAUAUACAAUGUCGCGAUAAAACCGGAAAAUCUGACGAGUCCUGAAGAGACUUUAAAGAAAGACGCAUUUAGCGACAAGCAGCUCAUGAUACAAACGAAAUCGUAUUCCAAUUUGAAGAAAAGCCCGAAAUCUCCCGAAAGCACGAGAUCAUUCAGCUCCGGAGAGACGAUGGGUCCCGAUUCGAAACCUUCUAGUCUAACAGUGAGUCCGAGAACGCCAGUCAGAUUGGAUUCCCGUGAUUUCACAAUGGACAAAUCGGCUUGCUCAUCCAUCAGCUCGGAUUCUAAAACUCUCGUUCUCCAUUCUGUGGAUUCGGAUACCGCGCUCGACGAUUCGAGGCCGAUUACAAAGAGAACGUCUUACGAAAAAUCGAGUCCGUUGACCCCGAUCAGCACGGACUCUUUAAGAAACAAGUCCGAUACAAGCCCGAAAUUCGUGAUUAGCAGUUCCAGUGAUUCGUGCAGCCCGUGCAAAGCUAAGUCUUCCGAGAGAUCAUUCAGUUCCGAUCUGCAGUCGCCCGUAAGUGCCAACUCCAUAAGAUAUACCACGAACUAUGGGAAACGAGACCAAGACAACGUGUCGGAUUCGCCGAUCGAUUUGAGCACGUCGCCAUUUUAUCCUAUCGCAAAUCCUAAUCAGAAGACACCUUCGCCGUACGGUGUAGGCAAACAAAGAUGCAGUAUGGAGAGCGCCGAAACCUCGCCCGAUCCGAAAUCGAUCAGCUCGAAGGACUCGACCAAGUUCUCGGGAUAUCAGACAAAAUUAGAUCCCUCAACAAAGUCAAUCGAGAGUAAGGAAAACGAGGGAAUCUCCGAGAGAAGUGAUUUGUAUGUUAGGCCGCAAUUUGCGUUGAAUACAGAACUGAAGGUGAGUUACACACAGAAGAGCAAAGCUGAUUUGAACCCUUACGAAUCGAUCGGCGCCUAUUCGAAGAGCGGAGAUUUCGCUGAUGACAAUGCGGACGAUCCGCUUUCGGAAAAAGAUGUGGUGCCUCAAUUGCCGCACGAGAAGCUCGACAAGCACUAUCUGAAUUACAAUUACAGACGUAGAGAUCGAUUGAAAUUGACUGAGAGGAGCUCGAGCAGUCUGGAAAAAAGAUAUACCGAUUUAAAAUCCUCGGCUUUGAUAGAUGAAUUCAGUACGACCAUGGCGAAGAAGAGAUGCAGCGAUAUUCUCGAGGAUAUGAAACACUUGGAAGCAAAGGCUCUUAGCGAUGGAUCGCCCGAAACUAAUAUGUUGACGAAAAAAUCAAGCGAUAUCUGGGAGGACAUGAAAAACUUGGAGGCAAGACGACAGGAUACCUUUAGCAAUUCGGCGAGUGGUUUCUCAAAGAACCGAUUAGAAAUCCCAGACAUAAAUAUAACAAGUGAGAGUAGGAAAUCUUAUGUAGUGCGUCCUAAAAUCAACAUCGACGAGAACAGCGACAGUAUAUUGAAGAGCAUAGCUUGCAAUAAAAGUAAUAGCGAUACCGAUGACGGCAGAGAAUCGAAAGUAGGUGUGUGGACAAAGGUAAAACCGCGGAAGAAAAGCGACAACGGACGCAGAAAUAGCGACCGGGCGUUAAAAAUUAUUCAAGAGAAUUCGGCCAUAUUGCACAAGAUUCUAGCUUGCCAAGCGAAGAAACGUCUACCGGAUCUGGAAGAAAUAUCCAAGGAGAUCACCAUCAGUCCGAUAAACGAAGAAAUUUCUAAAAUAUUCAGUCCGAUUCUCGAAAAAAUGGGUCUGAAUGAGCACGAAAUAAACGAGGAGUUGGCACGAAUAAAUUUUAAGGACUUCGAUAAUAUGAGUGCUACCAGCGUAUCAGAAUUUGACGCAAAGAUCAACGAAGAAUUGUCAAAACUGUCUCUUAUUGACGAUACGGAACAAAUUGAUCAUUUAGAUGUAGACGAGAUCAUAUCGAAUGAUUACUUGGACACUCGAGAGGCGCUCAUAGAUCACAAGAUAAACGAGGAACUUUCUAAACUGCUGGCGAACUAUGAGGAGGAAUCUCCACCGAGUAUGAUUAACUUAGAGAAAAACUCGUCAAGCCAGAACAUAAGUGAGACGGAGGGUCUCGAUCUUACCAGCAUUUCAACGAACGUAUUUUCCUAUAAAUCCUCUAAUGAUUCCAUUGAAAUCAGAAAUGACUUGGAACCGACGCACGAAGUUGUAAUUCCACCUGAAAAGUUUCCAUUCGCGACAUUGAAAUACGAACAGAGCAUGUCGCCUAAGAGCGACAUAGACAUCUACAAGGAACUGGAGAAACUCGACAAGAUCUCAUAUGUGCAAGUGCUACGAGACACGCGUCUAGAAGUACCACCGAAACGAUUGUCCCCCAUUACGUACAUUUCCGAUACUUCCACUUACCCGGAAUUACCAACUGCGACGAGAUACGUGCCGAAGACAAGCCAGUUUGACACUACGUCGUUGAAGAGUACCUACGAAUCUUACAAAAGCUACGACAUCCCGGAUAGGCUAUCGCCACGGGAUAGUCCUUACACUGCUUACGACAAACCAGGUGAUUUCACGUUCGAGUACACGGAACGGAAAUCGAGGAUUUCUAUCGAUCCCUACGACCUGCAUUUGAAAAGCUCGAUGUUAUCGAAAGAAUCUUUGGAAUUUCGCGUGAGAUACGAUGAAGAGUUGCCAAGGCCGACCGGCCAGGAUAACAGAUCGACGAUUUCCUUAAACGUGGGAAGUUCUUACUACGGCAAGGGUAACGACGAAGCAGUUACGCCGACGAAAUAUAUCAGCAAUGAAGAAAAAUGCAUGGAUAUCGGGGACUAUUACAGCGAUGCGGAACAUCAUAAGUACAGUACUUUGUCAUCGAAGGACUAUUCUCACAGAAGUACAGAUUAUGACAAGCCCCUAAGUACGUUAUCGCACACGAUAAUGGAAUCCGAAACGGAUAUCAGUUCGUACCUACCGAUGAGGCAUCGCGACUAUAACGUGCUAUCACCCAAUCGUCAAUUCAGAGAUGAAUACUUUUCUUCUAGUCCAAAUCAUUACACUCCGAAACUCUCCCCAAAUCUGACGGAAGAAACGAGAAGGCCUGCCGUCUCACAUCCAGAAUCUCCGGUCAAAAUAAACGUUGACAAGUAUGGAGAUUUGACCGAUACACCAGGAUCAAACUGUUACAAGAAAUCGACCCUGAGCCUCGGUAACCUGGAAAACGCGAACAAAGACGACGAAAAUGUUGACACCACACCGAGUCCAAAGACGCACUUCAGUCCUUUCCCCGUUAGAAAUAAUGUUAGGAAACCCAAAGAAUUGACGCUGAAGUUAGGUCUGUAUUCGCCGAAGAACUCUGACUUCGGCCAAAUGAAGAAAUCAUAGUGCUCAGUAAAUUGUCAAAGUGACGAAGCUUUUAAUCUACACGGAAGUUCGCACAGCUGGUUCACCGCUGCAAAAAGGGAUAUCUAUAUUCGCUAGUCAAUCGUUUCGAUAGAUUUCUUAUAUAUACUUUACGCGAAACGAAGCGUACCCGAAUGCAUUUCAAAAAGUAUUAUCGAUUUUCAGAAUUUUAACAAAGUGGGCCUAAAUUGUCGCCUAAACAUUCUUAAAUCGUUAUGCUCGACACUAUUAAACAAAUUAUAUAACAUAAGCUUAACUUAAUAAUAAACGUGUAGCUUUAAGAUAUAAUUAGAUAAAAUAAAGUUGUGUAAAUUUUUCAAUGCUCGGCCAGGUAAAUUAUGAGUAAACACUUUUCUUUAAAUGGCACGCAAAUUUGUUUUGACAGAGGUAUACGGACGUUACGGAAAUAACAUAUAUAUAUAAAAAUAAAUAUACAGGCCGCGUUAUAUCGUAAUCGCGAUAAGCGCGAAAUAAUAUCUCCAUGAACGCAAUUAAAUUUGGGAAUAUUGCUGAAAUAAUACGUCGUGCGUUAUUGACGCGAUUACGAAAUGGCAAAUCCGGGCAAAGCAGAUUAAUGAUAAAUCCAAUCCCCAUAUUCAGCCGCACGUUUCUCGCUUCCUGUCCUUUAUUCCAUCAUUAAAAGAUAAUGUGCACUUAUUAUUCAAAUACUCGCAUUUAUACAGGCUUGUUGCAAAAAAAAAAACAUUGGAAGAACACUAUAGCACUUGAAACGCUCGCAUAUUGCAAUCGCUACAAUUACAAUGAAAUGCCUUCGAUUCCCUCCAAUUUUGAACUAUGCCAAAAUUUCCUACGAGAUGACUUCCAAACCGAUCGCUAUAUUCAACUUAGAUUAAAAUGUAAAACUAAAGGAUUUUAUGAAAUAUCCUUCUCACAUCUUUUUAAUUAUGCCAUACUACUGGUAGUUCUUAUUAUAAAGCAAUAUAUAUUUGAAACAAACGAUUGCCCGUAAUAUGAAAUUCAAAAUUCUUCCAAACAAGAAAAUGAUACACCGAUGUAAAUUUAUAAAUUGUCUAAAUGAAAUUUAAUUUGUUCGUACGUUUGAAAAAUUUAAUCACAUGUAUAUGUAUUCGUGAUAACUCUAAGCAAAUUAUGCACUACAAAUUAGAUAUAACGAAGAUUGUAUAUAAUUUCAAAUAUUGACUAUAUGUUACAAAUAACUUCAAGGUCCUGCAGAAUCUUUUUAUAUAAAAUAAAAGUAGUAUUUUUAGAUGUUUCUAAUAAAAAAUAUUUAUAAUAUUGCAGUAUUGAGAAUCGGUUUGCUUGGACUGUAACUUAAGUGUGAAUAGAUAAGAACCUGUUACAGUUAAAAUCCUUGCUCACAAAUGGCUUCAACUCGAUACGAAGUGAAUCGCGUUAAGAGAUUCGCACGGGAUAAUUUUCUGUUUUAUUGCAACGAUUCGGAUGUUCCUUAUCAUGUUAACUAAUCCGAUUUAUAGCCUACUUGACCAUAAAAUGGAUACUUCUAUGACUUAUAAUAUGCAAAGAGAUCAUUGUACUUCAUUCCUUGUUACUGCACAAUUAUCACAUUAACGCACUAAAAAUUCAACGCAUCUUAUUAGCCUAUUAGAAUAUUUCCCCAAUCAUCUGUGAUAGUAUAGAGAACGAUAACAUAAUCUUAACAGAAAAGUUUAUAAUUUAAUUAUUAAUUUAGAUAUAUUCUUCAGUAUUAGCUCUAAUUUUAACUCUAAUUUUAAAAUUUAACGAAAAAUUUAGUUUGUAUAUCUUCUACCAUAUUACAUUAAACAAUAAUUUAAUGCUAAAAUUUUAAUUAAAGUUAUCGCCAAUAACAAUGAUAUAUAUA